CGAAUUUCAGCUUAUAAAGCAGAGAGCGAGAGCUACGGACUUAGUUGAGUGCUAGCGACUUGCUUGAGUGCAGCAGCCUUCUACAGCCAGUGUACUCAAUCUUUGAGUGCAACAGUCUUCUGCAACCAGUGUGCUCAAUCUUUGGCCAAAUAUUGGCUGAGAAGAAGUAAAGGGGAAAGGUCUCACUGCAACAGUAGCUGCAGAGUGAAUAAUAAUUGGUCAACUUCAUUUCAUUCAGGUACCUCCAAGGGGAGGAAAUUUCAUCAAUAUGAGGUGCUAAGUUAUGGCAGUGUGGAUCCAAGCUCAACAACUUCAAGGAGAUGCUCUAAGACAAAUGCAGGCCCUAUACGGACAACAUUUCCCUAUCGAGGUUCGCCAUUACCUCUCCCAGUGGAUUGAAGCCCAGCCAUGGGAUUCCAUAGAUCUUGACAAUCCUCAGGAGGGUGUCAGAGCUGCGCAAUUGUUGGAUGGACUGAUUCAGGAACUUCAAAAAAAGGCAGAGCACCAAGUGGGUGAGGACGGCUUCCUUCUAAAGAUCAAACUUGGUCAUUACGCCACUCAGCUACAGAAUACAUAUAAACACUGCCCUCUGGAGUUAGUACGCUGCAUUCGACACAUCCUAUACCACGAACAACGUCUAGUGCGAGAGGCUAGAAAUAGCCCUUUACUGGCCAGUAGCAUGGCUGACGCCGUGACUCAGAAGCAUCUUCAGAUCAACCAGACUUUUGAUGAAUUACGCCUCUUCACCCAGGACACUGAGAACCAGCUGAAAAAGCUUCAGCAGCAUCAGGAAUAUUUCAUCAUCCAAUAUCAAGAGAGUCUUCAUCUGCAAGCCCAAUUUAGUCAGCUCUCUCAGCUAACCCCUCAGGAACGUAUGGUCCGUGAGCCUACUUUACAGCAAAAGAAGUCAUCCCUGGAAGCUUGGCUACACCGGGAGGCUCAGACACUGCAACAGUAUCGUGUAGAACUGGCUGAAAAGCACCAGCAGACACUGGCUUUGCUUCGCAAGCAGCAGACUAUAAUCUUGGAUGAUGAGUUGAUCCAGUGGAAGAGGAGGCAGCAACUAGCAGGAAAUGGUGGUCCCCCUGAGGGGCCUUUAGAUGGCCUGCAAGCAUGGUGUGAAAAACUGGCUGAAUUCAUUUGCCAGAACCGCCAACAAGUACGCCGUGCUGAACACUUGUACCAGCAGCUGCCUAUUCCUGGACCAAUUGAAGAGUUGCUCUCAGAUGUUAAUGGCACCGUCACAGACAUAAUUUCUGCACUAGUCACUAGCACAUUCAUAAUAGAAAAGCAGCCUCCACAGGUGCUAAAGACCCAGACUAAGUUUGCAGCGACAGUAAGACUGCUGGUUGGUGGAAAGUUAAAUGUUCACAUGAACCCACCACAAGUAAAGGCCACCAUCAUCAGUGAGCUGCAAGCCAAAGCCCUACUGAAGAAUGAGAGUACCCGCAAUGAGUCCAGUGGUGAUAUCUUGAACAAUUCCUGUGUUAUGGAAUAUCAUCAGGCAACUGGAACACUGAGUGCUCAUUUCCGCAACAUGUCCUUGAAGCGGAUCAAGCGUUCAGAUCGUCGUGGUGCUGAGUCAGUGACUGAGGAGAAGUUCACCAUUCUCUUUGAGUCUCAUUUCAGUGUAGGUGGCAAUGAGCUGGUAUUCCAGGUGAAGACAUUAUCCCUGCCAGUGGUGGUAAUUGUGCAUGGCAGCCAGGAUAAUAAUGCCACUGCCACAGUGCUGUGGGACAACGCUUUUGCAGAGCCAGGACGUGUGCCCUUUGCUGUGCCAGACAAAGUGAUGUGGUCCCAGUUGUGUGAGGCUCUCAACAUGAAGUUCAAGUCUGAAGUCCAGAGCAGUCGUGGACUCACCAAAGAGAACCUCCUCUUUCUUGCCCAAAAGCUCUUCAAUAGCAGCAUGAAUCAUCUGGAAGAUUAUAACAAUAUGACUGUCUCCUGGGCUCAGUUCAACAGGGAAAAUCUUCCAGGGCGCAAUUAUACAUUCUGGCAAUGGUUUGAUGGAGUGAUGGAAGUCCUAAAGAAACAUCUGAAGCCUCACUGGAAUGAUGGGGCUAUUCUAGGUUUUAUCAACAAGCAGCAAGCACAUGAUUUGCUAAUCAGCAAACCAGAUGGUACUUUCCUCUUGAGAUUCAGCGACUCCGAAAUUGGAGGGAUCACAGUUGCCUGGAAGUUUGAAAAUGCUGAGAGAAUGUUCUGGAACUUAAUGCCCUUCACCACCCGUGACUUCUCCAUCCGCUCCCUGGCAGAUCGCCUUGGUGACCUCCCAUAUCUCACUUUUGUGUAUCCUGAUAGAUCCAAGGAAGAAGUUUUCUCCAAAUAUUAUAUGCCAAUCACUUCAGCAAAGGCUAUAGAUGGAUAUGUAAAGCCGCAGAUCAAGCAAGUUGUGCCAGAGUUUGCUGCCUCUUCAGGAGAUGCUAUGAGUGUAGGGGCUUCCUACAUGGAACAAGCAUCAUCACCGGCUGUUUGCCCUACUGCUCCUCACUACAACAUGUACACACAAAAUCCUGACUCUGUGCUGGAUCCAGAAGGAGAAUUCGACUUGGAUGAUUCAAUGGAUGUGGCACGACAUGUGGAGGAAUUGCUGAGGCGCCCCAUUGACAGCCAGUGGAUCUCCCAUAAUCAGUCUUGAUCCUGCCCCUUCCCUGGAGAGACCAUGAGGCAACUGUGAAAUAUUAGAAGCCCUUCCCUGAGCGAGUUUGUAGCUGCUGUAAGAAUGGGUUUCCUCACCCUGUGGGGGAACCUCUGGCUGAGAGGGUAAGGUACCUGAGGGACAGUAAGUGCUGUUUCUCCUCUUGCCCAUGCGGGGAAGGCAGUAGAGUGUAUCGCUUUAUUUUCCAUCUGCUCUUCUGAGAAGCUUGCCUCAGGCUUUCCGCUUUUGCAUACUGUCUCCUUCUGCCAAGCUAUCAUUUCAUUUAUACUAGGAACCCUCCUUCUGUUUCCUCCUCCUCCCAGAAUGUAAUACACUGCCCUUCUUGUCUAGAAGCCUUUUGGUAUCUGGGACAAGAAGGGACUGAGCUAUGGAGAAGAGUAAGCCUUAUUCAAAGUCUUGUCAUUUAGUGUCUGAUUUACUUUUAUUCUUUGCUGCUUCCAAGAUAAACAGUAUGCUUAUGCCUGCAUUUGACUUCCAGGUUACGUGCCUAUAUGCAGCAUUCUGUGUAAAAGAGGCAUUCACUUUGGGAGCUUUCUUUGAGCCUUCGAUGCAAUGCAGCCUAACCCUGCCCAAGUGCUCUGGAGCCUUUGUUCUAUGCCUAACCACUUACUUCCAGCUUUUUCAAUUUGCCUUGUUGCAAGAUGCUUGCUUACCUACAAGCUCCUGCAUUUAGUGCUAUUGGCUUUUGACAUGUCAGAUGCUUUUUUCCCCUACGAAUCACAAAUACAGCAGAUUGUGGAGGAUGCUUUCAUUUAAAUACAGAAUUACAAUUAGUAUAAUGGUUUCCCUCUUCUCGAAUUUGAGGGUAGUGACUGGGGAGCAGUUCCAAGGAUUUGACUGCUAAGUACAGAGGGAAGAAGACAUUUUGACUUCUAAAUGUCCCAACAAACAUUUCUAUUCUCUUCCCCCCUCCCCCCCCCAAUGUCUCCUCAUUAGGCUGAACAACUGGGAAAAACAGAUUCAUAUAUGCACUAUUUUUAUACCUAGUAUUCAGUAAAGCUCAGAUUAUUUUAACAGUUACAGAUUUUACACAUAUAUCUGUGGGCCGGGUGCUAUAUUUAGAAAAAUGGUCCAGUUUCCAGUCCAGCCACAAUUAUAUUUUUGUUGGGAUUGACAAAUUACCCAGCAAAAGUCAUGAGGGCCAUGGGGGAGAAAUUGCCUAAGGAUUGGAUUUUAGUUUUUGCAGGAUUUCUCCUCCUCUGUUCAUUGAAAACAAACAAACACACGCACACACAUUUUUCAGAGAGUUUAUUUAAAAAUAUAAAGAUUAGGUACUUUUAUCUAAGCAAAAAAAAAUUGCAACAGAGGGGCUUAAGUAAUUUUUACUCCUCAGGAACUCCCCCAACUUCUGACUGAGCUAGGAAAAAGCAUGUCAUGCACUUUGCCCUGGCGGUAACUCUUACAACAACUGUUUUGAAGGUUAGAAAAUAUACAUCUUUAGGGUAAACAAAGCCUAGUCACUUGGGAGUCAUCCUUAAAGGUCAGCUGUUGUUGAAACUAUUUCUUGCUUUCUGCUAAUAUUUUGUUUUCAAACAAGUCAUUUCUAGGAAUAACUAUGAUACUCUUUAGGAUAGUGUAUUCAUUAUAGUAGAAUCAUCUGAAAAUGCAUCAAUAACUAUUGUCUUUGGAAAAUAGAUCCCCCCCCCCACCCAAUAGCAUUUCUGUUGCAGAUCUUUUGGUGGUGGGUUAGUUGCUUCACUACUGUAAUUCACUUUUCUUACUAAUACCUACGAUAUAAGUAAAAAAUUUUCCUGACUUCCUGAAUUAUUUUGAAAAACUGAUGCUUAAAACAUAUAUACACACCUAAGCUUUUUCUUCUGCACAAGCAUAUACUACUUAGUAUUUUUAAAGAUUCCUUCUCACUAUAAUAUAUUUACUUCCAUCUUCUUUCACUGUACAGUGAUACAGUCAUUGUUGCAGAAUCAGCAGUACUAUCUUUACAGUAUUUUUAGUAUAAGUAAAAAGAAAGUCCUGAGGAAAUGUGCCCAGGACCAUACAGUUAUUCUGCAGUAGUAAUUUAGCCUCUAGCACAAAUUAAAUCUUUGAACUUUAUUUACAUUCAUUUCAAUUUUUUCAUUCAUAAUUUUGAAAUCCUUAAUAGAUGCCUUUUCUCUCCCAUUUUUUUGAUUAGUCUUUUCAUUGCCUUUAUUUGAAUGACUGUGGGCAACAAUGCUUCUCAAAUAUCACUUUCUAAGCUUUCUAAUUUCUAAGCUGGGAUAGAAUGUUCCUGGGAAGUAUCAUUUAUACCCAGUUCAAAAACUUCUCAGAUCUUAGGCCAAACUUGUGCCCUCCAGAUGUAAUGGACACUAAUACUUAUCAUUCCAGCUAGCAAUUUAUAGGGGUGGCUGAUCUAGCCCCAACUUCCUUAUUUUAUCAUCCUUAUAUGUUAGCUGACUUUCUUUCCUUUCUCAGAUUCUUUUGAGUUGCACAAAAACAUCCCUACUGUUCUUAAAGCAAAUAUUAAUUAAUAAUUUUAUGUAGUUAUUGUAUCAGCACAAUUUUACAAAGUCUAUUCUUAAUUAUCCAUGGGAUUCACUUCCAAAUAAAAAUGCAGAGCAGAGGUGGUAAAUCUGCAGUCUCCCAGAUUUUUUGGAUUGUAGUUUCCAGCAUUCUGAAUCAUCAUGAUCAAUGGAAAGGGCCUGCAAGGGACUUGCAGUUUUCAUAACUAUAUAUAUAUAUAUAGUCGCCCUGAGUCUUCGGAGUGGAGCGGCAUACAAAUUAAAAUAAUAAUAAAUGAAUCACAUAAAUCAUACUUUCCCAUAUCUUAUUUUAAUGAUGUCAUAGCAGCCUGGUUCACAUACUGUCUUAAGCCAUAAAGUAUGGUUCAUGAAUCAUACAGUGAAGUUUAUACUCUUCCUAAAGGCAAAUCAAUCAGGUUAUGAUUUAGCAUAAUGUGUGGACCCAGUUUUAACAAAUUUGCUGGUUCUGCUGUGUUUAUAGUAGAAAACUUGUCUUCAGCAGAAGAGUCUCCAUUUCAUAAAUUAAAUUUGGGGUUUCUGCACAAAAAGGAUACAUUCUACCCCGAGUUAAGGCCCUUUCCUGGUGAUAGAAGUAUUUUCCACAUUUGCAUUGUUUGCAGACUGCAUAGCAAUUCAAUAUCUGUAGCCACCAAUGUGCUCAUCAAUAUCUUCCCUUAUAUCUGUUAAACUUACUAUACCAUUUGACAUUUAUUUAUUUUUUUUAAAAAAAGAAUAAGAUACCAGAGUUCUCCUGCAUUAUCUUUAUUUCUGGAAGUAAUUCUGGACUCACAUGGCUGCAAAGACAAUUCUUUAGAGAUGAUGAGUGGCUAGCCCCUCAUCUGGAAAUAUGUACAUCUCUCCAGAAAAAAAAAACCAAAUAGCUAAAUUAAGGUGCUAAACUAUCAAAUGACACAAUCACCAUUUAAUCUUGGAUAAAUGAGCAUUUGUAAGAGGCUGUUUGUACAUGAGCAAGUCUACUUUGCAUCUUCUUUACUGAGCUUGCUCACAAUAGUUUUCAAAAUCUCACACGUCCACGGAGACUCCCUGCUGCCCGUGAUUUACAUGACCUGAGGUUUUAUUGAGCCUUUUCCUCCAUAACAAGCAACAGUCCCCACCUUAACUAAGUUGUGUUCUAAUGCCAUUGGUUGCUGUUCAAGAGCAGCACAUAGAACUGACCCCAGAGAUGCUUUCUGCUAUAUAGAUUGAUUUGCCCACUUGAAAUGAAAAAAGAUCUGCAACAAAAGUAUGUUGUUAAUGGUGCUUCUGUUUAAUUUAGUAAAAAUUGCACAUACAUUCUUGGUGGACUGUGCCUACUUCACUUUCAUUCGUCCAAAGAGUCUGUCUGAACAACUGUUAUAAAUCUGGCUAUUGUUUCAUAGUGUGGAGGAAGGGAGAUAUCCAUAAAACUGAGACAUAAAAACAUUGCACUAUUUUAAAGAAUUGUUUUGCCAAAUGUUUAAAUGGUAUACAAAGUAAAGUUUUCUGCUAAAUAUAUUGUUUGUGUUUGAAAAAAACUUACAAAGCUAAUGUUUUCAUUUUUGUUUUUAAACUAUAAAAGGGAGAACAACUUCAAGAUAUAUUGCUUAAAUGCUUUUAAGGGUUUUUUUUUUUACACAAAAGCCAUCUAUGUGAAAAAAAAUCUUUAUUUUGAUGAAAUAACCAUGUUUUGAAAAAAGAUGUUGUAAUCUUUGUGCUACAAUAAAGUAUUGUAGGGUA